CCCCCGCCGCCGGCCCGGACGCCUGGGUCCCUCGGGGCAGCGCCGGCACCGCGGUCCCCGACCAUGAGCCUCGCCGGGGUCCUGCCACCGCUGCUGCUGCUGCUGCCAGCCGCCGCCGGGGGCCCCUGGGCCGCCUGGAUGCCGCCGUCCAUCGCCGGCCUGGAAGGGACCUGCGUGCUGCUGCCGUGCCGCUUCGACUACCCCGAGGAGCUGCGGCCGGCGGCCGUCCACGGCCUCUGGUACUUCGGCAGCCCCUACCCCAAGAGCUACCCGCCGGUGGUGGCCCGCUCGCGGCCCGGCGGCCCCGUCCACGAGAGCUUCCAGGGCCGGGCCCGGCUGCUGGGGCCGCCGGCCGCCCGCGACUGCUCGCUGCUGCUCACCGGCCUCAGCCCCGAGCUCGCCGGCCGCUACUACUUCCGCGGCGACCUGGGCGGCUACAACCAGUACAGCUUCUCGGAGCACGCCACGCUGGAGGUCACCGCGGAGCCCAGCCUGGAGCUGCCGGCGGAGCUGGUGGCGGGCGCCGAGGCGGAGGCCACGUGCCGGGUGCCCGACAACUGCCCGGGGCUGGGGCCGACGCUGGGCUGGGCGGGCGCCGAGGGGCUGCCGGGGGCGGCGGCGGCGGCGGCCCGGCCCGAGGAGGGGCCCGGCGGCUCCCGCGCCCUCGUCGCCCGCCUCCGCUUCCGGCCCCGGCCCGCCGACGCCGGCCGCCGCCUCGCCUGCCGCGCCGCCUUCGCCAACGCCAGCCUGGCCUUCGAGGCCGCCGUCGCCCUCGACGUGCAGUACGCGCCGGAGGUGGAGGCGGUGGAGGGGCCGGCGGAGGCGGUGGAGGGGGCGGCGGUGGAGCUGGGCUGCGCGGCGGGGGGGCGGCCGCCUCCGCGCCUGGCCUGGCUGCGGGCCGGGCAGCUGCUGGGGGAGGCGGCGGGGGGGCGGCUGGCGCUGCGGCUGCCCCGCGCCGCCCCCGCCCACGCCGGCACCUACGUCUGCGUCGCCGAGAACCGCCACGGCCGCCACAACCGCUCCCUCGAGCUCCGCGUCCGCUACCCCCCGCGGGCGCCGGUGGUGAACGGCUCGGCGGUGGUGGCGGCGGGGGAGGCGGCGGCGGUGGCCUGCGGGGCCGAGGGCGACCCGGCGCCGUGGGUGCGGCUGCUGCGGGGGGGGCGGGUGGUGGCGGCCGCCCCGGAGCCCCGCGUGACCCUGGAGCUGGCGGCCGCCCGCCCCGAGGACGCCGGCGAGUACCUGUGCCUGGCCGAGAACCGCUACGGGCGCCGCGCCACCGCCUUCAACCUCACCGUCGAGUGUGAGUGUCCCCCGGACGCCUGGGCCCCUCCUGUCCCGGGUCCCUUCUCCCCCGGACGCCUGGGCCCCUCUUGCCCCGGACGCCUGGGCCCCUCCUGCCCCGGACACCUGGGUCCCUCCUGCCCCGGACACCUCGGUCCCUCCUGUCCCAGGAUCCUCCUGUCCUGGACGCCUGGGCCCCUCCUGUCCUGGGUCCCUUCUUCCCCGGAUGCCUGGGCCCCUCCUGCCCCGGGUCCUUCUUGUCCCGGACACCUGGGCCCCUCCUGCCCUGGACACCUGGGUCCUUCCUAUCCUGGACACCUGGGCCCUUCUUGUCCCACACACCUGGGCUCCUCCUGCCCCGGAUGCCUGGGCCCCUCCCGGAUGCCUGGGCCCCUCCCAGACACCUGGGCCCCCCUCUCCCCAUCUGGGACGCCUGGGCCCCCCUCCCUGUCCCAGACACCUUGGCCCCCCCCGGACUCCUGGGCCCCCUCUCCCCAUCCCGGACUCCUGGGCCCCCUCUCCCCCUCCCCGGACUCCUGGGCCCCCCCAGACACCUGGGCCCCCCCUCCCAUCCCGGACACCUGGGCCUCCCCCUCCCCGGACUCCUGGGCCCCUCCCCGGACUCCUGGGCCCCCUCUCCCCCUCCCCGGACACCUGGGCCUCCCCCUCCCCGGACUCCUGGGCCCCCUCUCCCCAUCCUGGACUCCUGGGCCCCUCCCCGGACUCCUGGGCCCCCCCUCCCAUCCCGGACACCUGGGCCUCCCCCUCCCCGGACACCUGGGCCCCCCUCCCUGUCCCAGACACCUGGGUCUCCCCCUCCCCGGACUCCUGGGCCCCCCGCGGCCGCCUGGGCCCCCUCUCCCCCUCCCCGGACUCCUGGGCCCCCUCUCCCCCUCCCCGGACACCUAGGCCCCCCCUCCCAUCCCGGACACCUGGGCCCCCUCUCCCCCUCCCCGGACUCCUGGGCCCCCCCGCGGCCGCCUGGGCCCCCCCGGGCAGGCGCUGACGGGGG